AUGAGUAGUGUUGUUAAUAAGAGUGGAACAAGGUUUACGCCGAGACUGAAAGGGCGCAGGGCUCCAGUUGCCGCCGCGGUUACAAAGGAACCAAGCUCUUCUGUGGUGAACACCCAAGAAACAGUGACUGAACCAUUGAUCGAGAAGCCGAGUCCAUUGAUUGAAAAGCCGAGUGUUAAUGAGUUAGAGGGAGCAACCCAAGUCCCAGAAGCCAACUUUGAAAGUGAUGAAGAAGAGAGAAAAGAAGAAGAAGAUAUAGACGAUAGGCUGGAAGAAAGAACCGUCCCAAUCAGGACCACCGCCUCUACGAAAAACGCCAGUGGUAUCAAGAAAUCGAAUGCUCCAGUAAGUUUGAGCGGCCAGCCUAUUUUUGACAAAAGUUUUAUGCCCUCGCAGACCAGCACGCAGGUUCCACCAGGAAUACACGGUAUUUCUGUGAACCAUCCAACUUUACGUUCAAGUAGAUUGAGAUCCUUGAGCAAAAACCUCGAAAAACCCCAUUUUAAGCCUAGCUUCAAUGAAGGGAGGAAGAAUAGUGUUUCCAGCCCGACAACAACCAGGCGACGUCUGUCUAGUAUUUCGAACAACCUUCCGAGAACACUGAAGAAUGGGCAGGUCAUUGAGAGUGAAAAUUCGGCGCUGAACACCCUCAAGAGAAGGAGACUAUCGACUAGAACAAAUAUCUCAAAGAAGUCUGGAUCCACACAUAGAAUUAGUAUCGUCCCGAAGAUCCAGGCCCCCGUAAAGAAAGCUGUAAAACUUCCCGACCCCAUUGCGCGAAAGAAGGGUGAAUCUGACUUGUAUGGUAGAACAGAUGAAAUGUACGAAAAGUACCAAGUAAAAAACUCCAAGGAGAUCCCCAAAAAUAUGAAGGUUGAGGAUUCUGCGAAAUAUCUGAUCGACGAGGAUUGCUUCACAAUGGCAGAAUUAUGCAAACGCACACUGGCUAUAGGUGAGGUUUCGGAUAACUUCGAAAGGGCACAGGAGGCGCGUAGAAUGAAAUUGGAGAAAAGGAAACAACGUAGGGAGUUGAGGAUGAAAGCUCGUGAUCAGUUCAAAUCGCUACAAGAUUUGACCAAAGAGGAAGUAGAAAGGGAAAAGGAGGAGAGGAAGCAAAAAAGAGACAAACUUCUUAAUUCAGAAUUUCCUGAAGAUCAAUAUCGACAAUCCACCAAUGCACCACAGCUGAAACUGAAUAAGCAUGGUGAUAUCGGCCUAGAUGAAGAGUCUACGGUAGUGGAUAGACAUAAGAACGCCACUCUAGACAAUUUCCAGAAGCAAAAAGUUGAUGAAAAUCCAUUCGACAAUCUGUACAACUACGGGACGUAUGGUAGGGCGACUUACACAGAGCCAUGGACCCCCGACGAGAUGGUCAAGUUUUAUAAGGCAUUGGCAAUGUGGGGGACCGAUUUCAACUUGCUAGCGGAACUGUUCCCAUACAGAACGAGACGACAAGUAAAAUCUAAAUUUACGAAUGAAGAGACAAAACAUCCAGUGAUGAUUGAGCUGGCGCUGCGGUCUAAAUUACCGCCCGAUUUUGACUCCUAUUGCAAAGAAACUAGAAAGGAUUUGGGUACUGUGGAAUCUUUCAACGAAAAAGUGGAAGCGCUUCAGAAAGCGCACGCACAAAAUUUGAAGGAAUUAGAAAAGGCAAAGGAACUAGCGAGUCUGGAGGACUUGAACAAUAACAAGGACGGUGAUACCAAGAGUCUGAUCAACAAGAAGACAUCUGGUGGUUUAUUUAGCAGGGAAUUGAAGUCCUACAGGAAGGGUGAAGUUGUCCUUGGUACCAUCGACGAUGCGAAACGGAAGAGGGAGUUAGAGGAAUCCAUAAGUGAGAUACCGGCAGCUGAAGACGAAGAAGUAACAAGUCGCAUAGAAGAUACGGAAGUAGCUCAACAAACGAACGGAAACGAAAAGGAGCAUACGGAAACGGAACCUUCUGAGUCGGGUCCCGCCGACCCUAAAUUGUCUGAGGGACAAAAAGAUACGCCGGCUAACGACGAAACAGAACAAUCGGGCGCAGAGUUGGGAAAAGAAGGAACGGAACAGGGAAAUAGCGAAAAACCGACGGAUGCCGAGUAA